GAAGAUGGUCUACACGGGCUAGGUCUCGCCUAUUAUUUCUAGACCGCACAAGAAACCCUCGUCACUCAUAUAUCCGAGUCACGAUCUCACCGACGGGGAAUGUUUCGGUGUGAGUCCCUCUGUAUGAUGUAUCGUAACGUGUUAUGAUGUAUUUACCGCUCUUUAUGUGAUUCGUGUCGUCUAGAAGCCUUCAUUCUUAAGUAGUUUUGUGGCGUGCUCUCCUGGGUAUUUCUUUCCUCAUUCUCAAUACGGACGUGCAGUCAUUCCUAUGAUUUCUCCCACCGCCACCAUAAUGGCUGUCGGACAAGCAAAGACAACACCAUCAGUCUCCCAUGUGGGAUCUGGGAGGUAUUCGGUAAGUGAAGGCGCAAGAGAAGCAUUCGAACAACUCUGGGAAUCUACCAAAGGAGAGCUUCCAAGGGAAUUCCUAGAAUACGCGAAACGUAUUUUUUUCUUGGGAGAUACAGGUACGGGGGACGCCGCCUGUUUCCCUUGUCCUUUUCGUGAACAAGAAGCGAUUGCGGCUCUCAAGGCAUUAGAAGGAUGCGCUGCUGCCACUAUUGCGGAUAUUCGGGGACCGAAACGUGAAAGGGAAAUUAAUGUCAUGAUGGAGCGUGUGACAUCUUUUUUAAUGUCCGCGUAUAUCACCGAUCUCGACGGCUUGGAUAAGUGCAACCCCAAAAUCAAGGAACGGAUUCCAGAUACGGAUCUAAACCAGGCCCAGUCAAAUUUGUAUCGCCGUUUGUCAGCCGGCCUUUAUAAGACCAGGAACCAAGGCGAAUACUACCACAUACAUGGGUCGCUAGAGGCCACUACGACUUUGGGCAUGAUAGGCCUCCCACCGUUCCUCCCCGGUUCAAUGGAUUACCAUGGGUGCAUAAACACUAUUGAAGAGGCUGUUAAACGAUUCUCCGGAGCUGAAUUGGAAAGGCUGAACCGGGAACACCACCAGGCAGGUGUCCCCGCUCUCACCAAUGAAAAGUAUCAAAAUACUGCUCACGGGCAAGCGAUGGCGUCUCUCCCAUUAUUUACUGUGAAGCCUUUGAACACGGAUACGCCACCCGUCCCAUUUACGGAAUUUGCAGAUGAGCCGAAUCAAUGCCUGCAGGGACUUCGCGUUAUUGAGCUCUGUCGGGUAAUUGCAGGACCAACCAUCGGCCGAUCACUAGCCGCCCAUGGCGCAUCUGUACUGAAGAUCACGUCGCCGCAACUACCGGACGUCCCAUUCUUUCAAUUAGACGUUAAUACUGGGAAACAUACAACAUUCUUACACCUUAAGGACCCCACCGACAUCCAAACCUUUGAAUCGCUCCUUGCUACAGCGGACGUCAUUAUCGAUGGAUAUCGGCCGGGUGUCAUCGCAAGUCUUGGUUAUAGCCCCGAGGUGCUAGCGGCAAAGGCGGCAGAACAUGGAAGGGGUAUCGUCUACGUAGCAGAAGACUGUUUUGGCGGCACAGAAAUAGGCGCCGAAUGGGCCGGUCGUCCAGGUUGGCAACAAAUCGCCGACUGCGUCACGGGUGUGGCGUGGGAGCAAGGUCGAUUCAUGGGAUUGAAUGAGCCGGUCGUCCCGCCCUUCCCCAUGUCAGAUUACGGUACGGGAUGCGUUGGUACUAUUGCAGCGCUUUCAGGCAUAUAUCAAAGGGCAACGCGGGGUGGUAGUUGGGUCUGUCGCACUAGCAUUUCCCAGUACGAUAUCUUUCUCUUAUCCCUCGGCGUAUACCCAGCGGACGUUCAAGACCGGCUGCGGCGUGAACAUGACCCUCGAUUUUUCGAACUACGUCACAAUGACUCUGUGGACGAGGUCAGCCAACGAGCGCUGGCUAGCGUUAGGAAAUUACACCCUACGCUAUUUGCACGUCAUAUCAUGCAAAGCUCGUACAGCAAGGCAUUCGGUGGCGUUGUUACCUGGUCCAAGGAGCCGCUGAAAGUGGAGGGAAUCAAGAUUGGCCAUGUGAGGCUGACACGACCAAAUGGCUACGACGAACCAUCAUGGGAAGAUUGGGAGAGUGACAAGACACUAUUGGGCGAUUGAUAUCUCGAUCCC